AUGGAACUCAAAGCCCUCGCAAACCUAGCCCGGGGCCAACCAGGCAUCCUUCACCAAAUCACAUCAGGCCUCGUCUCCUUCGAAUUCACCCGCGGCUCCCCCCACAAACCCAACACCCUAAUCUUCGUCGGCGGCCUAGGCGACGGCCUAGCCUCAGUCGAAUACCUCGCCGACAUCGUCCGCGCUCUAACAGACACAAAAUGGACCGUCUUCAAUCUAAUCCUCUCCUCCUCCUACGGCGGCUGGGGCAUGGGCCGACUAGGCAAAGACAUCGACGAGAUCGCGCAGACAGUAUCCUACGUGCGCGAAUAUAAAACCCCCGUCUACGGCUCCGGCAAGGUCGUCGUCAUGGGCCACUCAACCGGGUCCCAAGACGUAAUGCACUACCUCAACUGUCCGAAUCCGCGACCCGCGCACCCGGUCUUUGACAAGGGUUGUCCCGGUGUGGUUCGGCCCCAGAUCGACGGGGCGAUUAUGCAAGCGCCUGUUUCGGAUCGGGAGGGUAUUCUUUGGGUUAUUAAGUGUGGGACGAAGAGGGAUAGUCCCGAGACUAUGAGGGAAUUGUAUAAUAAGGCUGUUGCUGAUGCGAGGGAGAAUACGUAUGAGGAUGAUGGGAAUGUUGAUACGGUUGUUCCGCUAUCUGUUACUGGACGGAUUGGAUACCCGUCCACGGCACCGGUUAGUAGUCGGCGAUUUUUGAGUCUUGUUAGUCCUGAUUCGCCGGGAAAACCGGAGGAGGAUGAUUUGUUUAGCUCGGAUUUGAGUGAUGAGCAGCUUGGGAAGACGUUUGGUCAGGUUGGGAAGAGGGGAUUGUUGGGGCAUAAGUUGUUGGUUUUGUAUUCUGGUCGUGAUCAGUCUGUUCCGCCUUGGGUUAAUAAGGAGGCGCUUAUCAAGAGGUGGGAGAAUGCUAUUAAUACUGAGGGGAGGGAGUAUUGGGAUCGGAGGAGUAUGGUUAUUCCUGGGGCUUCGCAUGCGUUGAGUGAUGAUGAUCAAGCGGAGCCGAGGAGGAUUUUGGUUGAGCAGGUGAUGUCCUACUUGAAGGAUAUUGAAAGCUCGUGA